CCAAGAAAUUGCAUAUCCAUACCUUUAAACGAAGAAAAGACUAGGCCUAAGCGCACGUUAGCACAAGGUCGGCAAUACCAGGUAAAAUACACUUUCUUUCUCCAUAAUCGCUUUUAAUGGAAAGCUCCCAAGGAGAAGCAACGCUUAAAAUUGUUAAUCACAACACUAGCUUAACUAUCCCUGCAUUAACCCGGUGCAUAUUAGUAACCAAAAGAAAAAACGAACAGUUCACUGGUGGGAGGUGCCUCCAUUUUCUGUGGCUUGAAAAGUUAAAGAUUAAAGGAAGGAAGUUUGGUUGAUUGAUACGAUCUGGCAAAUCCCAUUUGAUCGAUCUGUUAGGGGAGGGAAGGCAAAAAAGAAAGGAGAAGGGGUAUGGUGGGAUGAGGAGGGACAACGUAGUGGGCGAUGGCUAGGGAAGGCAGAGCCAAACGGGGCGGUUCUGGCUUGAGUUCGGGUCAGUGCUCGUAUAAAAGAAUCACUUUGAUUUUUUGCUCCGUUAACAUUGUUAUUGCUCUCUAUGUUCUACGUUGUCUCUAUUCUUCUCUCUACAUUUAUUCCAAUACAGAUAAUGUUGUAAUGUAUACUCCAGAUCAGAUUAGGAAAAGGGAAGAAUCAAUUAAGAUUCGAAGAGCCAGUGAACCUUUAGAGCUUAUUAAAUUGGUAAAGCGAUUAAAGCAUGAACUUUGGAGUGAAGAAUCAGUGGGUGAACUGCCACUGACAGUUAAACAUAAGAUAACUGAUGAGAUCCUGCAGAGGUUGAGAAGUUUGAGACCAAAUGCCAAUGUCAGCGAGCAGCAAGAAGUGAUUGAAACCUGGCACAAGGAGAAACUCAAAGAAGCCAGAAGUUUGGCCCUUGGAGGAGUGCGGUUGAAUUCAACUCUUUUGCAAGAGGAAGCAGAGAUGUUAGUAAAAGUCUUAGAGUCCAAUUGGGCUGUGCUGUCAGAAGACAUUGGCCUUUGGAUUCCCACUGAAAUCAACAAUCAAGAACAUGAUGAUAAGCCUGAAGGUGUGGAAGAUACAGAAGAUGAGGAUCAAAUUUUAGCUGGGAGGCCCCUUCCACCAGAAUGCCACACUGAACUUCAUACAGAUUAUGAUGGUGCUGCUGUAAGAUGGGGUCCUACCCACCACAAAGAAAGUGCAGCUGAUUGCUGCCAGGCUUGCUUAGAUCAUGCUAAACGUGCAAAGCCAGGUCAAAAGAAAUGCAACAUAUGGGUUUAUUGUCCAUCUGAGACUGGUUGCUAUUCCCCGGAUAUAUAUGAACACAAACACAUGGAAUGCUGGCUGAAAUCCUCAGAGAAGCCGAGACUGAACUUUAAGGACAGAUAUUCUGAAGCAUAUAGAAACAGCCACCCAACAGUGCCAGUUUUUGUUCCUUGGGUAUCUGGUGUUAUUAGUGUAUGACUGAAUUUUGAUCAACAAGACAGGAUGAUGGGCAGUCAAUUCGAGAUCUAGCUGACUAAAUUUCCACUGAAAUCUUUUAUGAUGCCCCAUUUACAUCUGAUCAAAAAAAAUUAGGCCUUUGCUUAUUACAACAUUAUAAUCUCUUUGCUUUUGGAACAUAGGGGAAACUGGAAAGGGUGGCAGCCGGUGGUUCCACCCUACUUUUUGACAAGUAAAAUUUUUUGUACCGAGAAAGGUAUCAUUGGUUGGUCUCAGCACUAAUGGAUUUUAAGAUGUGAAAGUCCCAGUGCUGGCUGUUGAGGUUGAGGUUAUAGUAAAAGACAUAAGAAGCUUUUCCUUGUGGAUUUAAUUAAUUACAAUGUGAAAAAAUGGAUCUCUUGUCAUGGAAAGUUGUAUUGGAUGAUGAGCAAAACGAUUUGCUGUAAUGGGAUGUGAAAUUUUUUUACAAUCCCUUUAAUUAUAGGUAGAAUUUUGUUAAUGAUCAAAUCGGAUUUUAAUUCAGGUGAAUUUAAUUGGAUGAAUUUUUCAAGUUUGAAUCAGAAUUGAUAUGGCUA